AUGGGAAUAGAACAAGGAGUUACAUCACUGGCAGAACAAGAAGCAACCAUACAGCAGGGCCUCAAUGUUAUCCGCGAUUAUGUACAAAGUAUUGGACUCAGUUGCUCACCCGAAAAGUCGGAGUACGUAGUUAUCCUAGAUUCCAAUACUAAAGAUGCCGAGAAGACUAGGGACCUCAUCCGUCUCGAACUCAACGGAACAAGUUUUGCACCGAUCAAGAAAUUACAAGAAACAGGCCUCUUUAACACCCUUGAGGAGCGCAUCAGCUUCCACCACUCCGCCCAGUACCAGCGCCUCCAAACAUCCACACAGGGCAGGAACAUCCUCAGAAGUCUUCAUUUCGACAUAUCCAACAUGCCUGACAUCCCGCCACUGGAACCACCAUGGGACAGUGUGCCAAGAAUAGAGAUCAGGCCAAUACCAAAGAACAUGCACCGCAUCGAGAACAAGGCCCGGCGGGAACACCGCACAUUCCACCUUUCACAUAACACUACCACCACAUACUACUACACGGACGCCAGCUACAACAACGAGACAAAACUAGGCAACACAGCUGUUGUUGGCCCAGAAUUCAAGAAGGCCCAUCACCACUCCAACGCCCCUACGUCAACAUCACUUGAGAUCCAGGCCAUCGCAGAAGCCAUCCAGCAGCACAAUGGUACCGACAACAUCACCAUACGCACAGAUAGUCAAAGCGCCAUACGCCACUUCAGACAGAACACGCUACCGGUUCACAUCAGAGCUGUACUAGUCAAGCAU